GUCUGAUCCACUGUUGAGCUGGGUAUUGUACAUGGAAAGCUCUCAUUAAAUGCUUUUGCCUUUGAAAAGCAGAAGGCAUAUAUGAGAUGCUGUCAGCAGAACAAAGUGUUGGAUCGCUUCACCUUUUCAAGCUCCACGUUUAGUUAUAUAUCUGAGUGCCGAGUUGUUCUCCAGUCUACGUCCAUUUAUCUCCAUCUCCAUUUCCUGUCGGUAGAGCUUGCUGGUUUGGUGCUUUCUCUCUCUAGUCCACCAUGAAGAAGCUUGUUGGCUCGAGCAAGACAGUAAAAGUAGGCCCAUGGGGAGGCCAUGGUGGGAAUCCCUGGGAUGAUGGCAGCUAUAAUGGAGUUCGAGAGAUAACUCUGGUGUAUGAUCGCUGCAUCGACUCAAUUCGCGUCUUGUAUGACAAGAAUGGGAAGCCUGUUUUGGCAGAAAAGCAUGGAGGAAAUGGGGGCAACCUCACCGUGCAGGUCAAACUACACUACCCAGAAGAGUUCCUGACAUGUGUAAGUGGGCACUAUUCCCCUGUGGUACAUGGGGGUUCACCCGUGAUUCGAUCGCUUACCUUCAAGAGCAAUCAGAGGGCCUUCGGGCCUUUUGGAGUUGAAGAGGGGACACCAUUCACAUUCCCUAUGGAUGGAGGGAUGAUUGUUGGCUUUAGUGGAAGGGGCGGUUGGUACCUUGAUGCUAUUGGCUUGUGUCUGUCACCUAUCCGGACUGCUGGCCUCUAUGAUACCGUGCAGCAGAAGCUCCAAAAGUUUGGGAAUUUGGCUACCAAGAGAUUGGGAAAUCGAUACGGCGAGCAUGGCUCUCGUGCCAAUGCUAGGACCCAAAAGGCUUAUGCUUAGGCUCUCCAAUGUUUAUUGGAUACAGUGUGGGUAUUUGGUUAUGUGAGGUUUUGCCAGUGAACGUAAGAUGCCAACAUGAUUGUACUCAGUAUGCUAGAAUUUCCUAUCCAUUCGAUGAGGCUGUGUCUUUAUGUC